CACCACUCCACCAUGAUGCUAUGCCAUUUGAACGAGAUGCCGCGGUACACGAUCGCGUUUCAAGAGCCGACGGCCGCCAAGUUUUCGUCGCGGUACGCCGACUACCACGAAGAGUGCAUCACCGAGUACUACCGCCAAGAGUGCCUCCUCGCCUUUUACCGUCUUCAAAACGUCAAUACCGAGCGUCCGCGGAAGAAGCGCAAGCGCCGCUGCGUCACGUUCGCCGAUGCGCCCGAGAUUGUCGGUGUCGCCGACGCUGCCGUGGACCGUGAACCCGUCCCGACCGCGCGCAUCUCGCGCGACGAGAUGAAGCAACUGCUCGACGAGCGGGUGUUUCCGUCGUCCGCCAAGCGGCCGCGCACGAUGCUGUACCAUUGAACCACGACCCCCGUAUUUUAGAAGCCCCUACCGUUAGGAAAUAGUACUAUUAUAGUCAAAGACGACAAUAUCAUAUACACUUGUAG